UGGUCCAUUUUCCCGUUGUAUAUCACACGCCGGCUUCUACACAAACUGUCGAUGUUGGUGAGGACUUUGACGUCAGAAAAGUCGCGGAUUUUGCAUCUUGGGGAUGUAGCACUCACGCCCGAUGAAAAUUCAUCCUCGACAGGGAGACACCUGAACAAAACACUCGUCGAAAGGAGAUGAAAACAACGCAGACGUGGGAAGAGUUCAGCCCUGCGGCGAUCGCUGGAUUGCGGUAGGUACAAUGAAUGCCAAAUACACCAGAAAGUGGCUGGUAUUAAACGCACGCCGGAGGGAGUAGUCAUGAAUCGAGCAACAUUUCGUAGGUUAAAAGCUCGCGUGACGUUUCGCCUAAACAUGACUCUGCGGCGCCAAGUGUCGCUUUGAAUGCCCUAUCCGUCGGAAUCAGAUUGCCACCAAUUUAAGCUGCGCUCACCGAGCCCACGGAAUGAAUGUUACUCGCUCCACGGAUUGGGGUUGACGUUCCUGACCCGUUUUACCUUUUGUGUCGGGACACGGUGCUAAAAAAAAUGGCGUCCAGCACCAGUGUCAGUACUCUGCCUGCAAACAGCACCCUGGAGACGCCGAUGUCCACCGAGGGUGAAGGCUGGUUCCACCCGGACACCAUCCUCCUUCCCGUCAUCCGUUGCUGCAUCGGCACUGUGGGCAUCAUCGGUAACCUCCUGGUCUGCAUCGUGGUCGUACGUCUGUGGGGCUCCAACAAGCGCAACACCACCAACACUUUGAUAGCCAACCAGGCCAUGAUCGACUUCGUGGCGUCCGUCUUCCUCGUCGCGGUCACCCUGACGGAGAUGUUCAAAGUGCCACCCCCACAGAACUACUUCUUCGGGCAGAUCUUUUGCAAGUUCUGGGCCUCACGGAUGCUCCUGUUUGGUAUCUUCGCCUCCUCGACCAUCAAUCUGACGGCCAUCUCGAUCGAGCGGUACCUGGCGGUCAUCCACCCCAUCUACUAUUCCAUGAAAUUCGCUAGUACCAUUGUGGCAAAACUGCUCCCCGUUGUGCCGUGGGUAAUCGGUCCGUUCUGGCAGUUCGUGGUGUCGCUGCUCCGGUAUGAGUUUCUCCCGGACAAGAUUGACUGCAUCUACGAAGCCCCCGGGUAUACCAGUGCAAUGGAGAAGGUUUUCGGGCUCAUCCUUUUUCUCUGGGAGUAUUUCAUACCCACGAUCAUCAUGACCUUCGCCUUCGUCAAAAUUGCCUUGAAAUUCCGCCAGCAGAACCUGAAGGUGGCGAGCAGGCGACCCCGGCUUGCGACGGGCGCCACGACCGUAGCCACGAUCUCAGUCAUGAAGGACCACCAAAACUCCAUCUCGGUCGUGGAGCAGAACAGCCCGAUGGAGAACUCCAUGGUGAGCGCCUACGGGGGAGAAGGUGCCGGCACCAGCAGUCAGCCCGGCCGAAGUCAGGGCCCCAAACCUCCGAUGAACAUCCAGCGCAAGAACGUCACCAAGACGCUGUUCGUUGUCUUCAUCUUCUUCGUCAUCUGCUGGUCUCCUGACCAAUGGGCCUUCUUGCAAUACAAUCUCGGUGGGCAACUUGACUUUGGCGGGUGGUUUGUGAACACCGCCAUUGUCGCCGCACAGUUGAAUUCGUGUGUCAACCCGCUCAUCUACGGGCUACAGUACAGAGCCUACAGACAAGGUCUGAAGAAGCUUUUUUGCAAAUGUAAAUGUCGUAGAGGGUGAUCACCCUCUCUCCCGUACAAAUCCCAAAGCAAAGCUCAGCUUGUUGAAUUAUUGUCUCACGCACGUGGCUAUUGGUGUGUGACGUUCCCCCCCCCCAAAGUCAGACGUUCGAAGCAAGCUUUUUACGCCAUGUGCAAGAUGGAGACCGCUUUAUUCUGUGCAGUGUGUUGUAAUAGUUGGCGAAUGACAGCCAAACUCAGAUACUAUCAUUUUGAUGUAACGCCAGUUGAUAAACUUUGACCAGGAGAAAAUAAAUGUGCUGUUAUCUUAUGGGCCCUUAUCAGAUGGAAUUUAACUGAUUUUAAUAGACAUUUCAUAGCAUGAUGACGUCGCAACGUAAGCAACGAUGCUUUUUAAUGUUAUUUUAAAAGAACAAUUAUCAUUAUGUGUGUGAAAAGUCGCCUACUCCCGACUUUAACGGAAUUCUGAGUAAAUGUAUAGGACGAAACUUCAAACUGUUGACGCUCCAUUGGUAAUUGCGCCUUCUCUCGAUCCAGCUAGGGGCUCAGUGGGAGGAAUGAAUGGUUUGCCUAAAUGAAACGAAUGCAAAAAUCUUGCCAGUCAUUCAUUUUUGUUCACGAGGCUGUUUGCUUAUAUUUUUCAUGAUGUAUAAUUUAUUUAAAAUUGUAAUAUACGACAUGACCUAAGUUAAAGAUAAAAUCUUUCCUCUGAUCAAAAUGGGUAAAAUUAAAGUACAGCCUUGAGGUGAAAAAAAAGAUCAAGUUAAAGCUUCGAUGAACGUGGACGGUUUGCAAGACUCCAAAACAAGGAAAGAUGAGUUUAAAAGACGGCAUUGAAGUCUCGAAUCAGUCCAUUACCUGCACGAAACGUCGGAACGAAGAGUAAAACGCACGGUUGGGCUAAUGGGAUUGAAUCUAAAUAUGGGUCGACACGACGGACGAAAUAGGGGUACGCGUGUCUGCUUUCAAUAUAAUAUGGAAAUGUCACCCAACUUGGAACUUGGUUAAGGGUUUGCCAUUUGCUCCACUUUCUCAUUUUGUGCGGUCGAAAUGAAUCGAAUGUAUUGGAAUCACUUUGAGUAAAUUGCAGGAUUUAAGCUUCAGCACGCACAGGCCUAACGACCUUUGGCACCUUCGCUUUUAACUCCACGCUAGUCUUGAGUGAUCUUCGGCGUGCGAAAUUGUAAAAUUGCGUGUAGGGAUAACCAGGGGCGUAGCCUGGGGUUGGAGGGGAACUUCCUUCCUUGUGGGAACUCUUGCCCCUUUAAUUUCCUCUUGUCCCCAUCUGAGAAGAGCUCGGCGAAGCCACUGAGGAUAAUAUUGAAGCUAAACGUGGUCAUGUUAGUUCGCGAUUAAUCUGUGUUUAAGGUAUAAUGGAUGUGUUCACCUGUGAACAAAUAGUGCUCUUGCUUAUGGAAUCUCGGUGAUACCAAGUGCGACGACCUUGACCCCAGAGAGGAAAAAAACCUCCCAAAGUUCGACUCAAAACGGUCACCCCAAACGAGACGAUUGAAAUAAGGCGCACCACUUCAAACAAGCAAGGAGCAUUGGUUUUCGUUUCCUUUCCUGCCAGGCAUUGACGAAUUGGCUGGAGUUUAACCCAAUUGUGAUGUCGUCGUUGGGUCAUUCCGUCUCACGCAAAGAAGAGCAAGUAAUGUAAAUAUCGUGUCAAAAACUGGCGAGGGAAUAUUUGAAAGCUUUUACCGUAGUUUUUCUGGGUGGCUGCGUGUAAAGACGUGCAAAAGUGUUGACAGUUUGCCCUUGAUACACCAGUCCAACUUCUACUUAUCUUCGUUAAUAUUUCACUCCAUAGAGCGUAUUACGAUCGUCAAACAAGUGUUAAUAACGUAGUCAAAAUUUGUUAAUUAGAAGAUACACACACGAAAGUGACCCUUUCGUCAGAAUGGACGUCAAAGUUUGCACACGCGGUAAACCAAAACACAACAAGCAAAGCGAAUGUAUUAUCGGAAACCAGUGCGCGAGAUGGAUACCAUCUUCGAUUUAUGGGUUCAUAUUUUAAGACAAAGGCUACCCUAAGCUUCUGUCAGUUCUGGUUUUCGCAUGGCAAAAUGAUAGCAACUGUUUCUAUGGUGCAAUAAUGUAGUUGGAUGUAACAAUGCUUGAAAUAAUUUGCGCUAUUUCUCCCGAAUUGUGUGCCUUUUAAGCUUAUACAUUACAGGCCUACUUCUUGUUUGCGCGCUCAUUCCCUGUACACAAGGAGAGUAGAAUAACAAUUCUACAGGUCGUUAUCUAAAUGCGCAUAUUAUUGACGAUGACGUAGUGUUGAUAUGAAGUUUUAAUGAUAUGAUGGUUAAAUUCGCUGCAGCUUUGUACCAUGCCAUCUUGUGUCAUGGAAAUUUUUGUCCUAGUUCGCGGCAUCGUCGCACCGCGAAAUUAGACUUUUUCACGGUGAUUAGAACGUUCUAUUCCAAUGCAACAAGAGCUCUGUGAACUUUCGGAUUAUAAUGCAGUGAUUUAUUUAGGUGAGAAUCUUUGUUUAUUUAUCAUUUAUUCCUACAAAUAACGGAUUUUUUACCUACAGCUGUGGAAAGAUUAAUUUCAACCGGUAACAGAUCGAAUUAGAAAUUUUAUAUGCCAUCUGGAAGAACUGUUCUUACCUCUGCGCGAAUGUGAAACAUUUAGUUGUUAUAAUUGUCGACAAAGGUGUGCUUUCUGUGUUACUGCUGUGCAAAGCCUCGCUAUAGAGUAUGCGGACACAAUGAACGUCAUAUCACCUGUAGCUGGACGCUUGGCAUUUUUCACCUCACAUUUCGCACGAAAAAAAUGGCUUAUUUUUAUAGAUAGAGAAUAUAACAUUUGCAUAUUUUGUUCGUGUAUUUCUAAACGUCGUGUUGUGGAAUAAAAAUGAACUGCAUCUGA